CCGGCGGGGGUGGAGCGGGUGCACCGACUUGGGGUGCACCCUGGGGUGCCGUAGGCGGGGCUGAUAGCCCAGGCCACAAGAUGCAGCGGCUCCGGUUGAACGAGGCUCACGCCAUAUACCUGGGGCAGCUUGCCCGCAAAGAUGGGACACGGAGGGGGAUCCUGAGCAAGAGGAGCUCGGAUAACAGCCGCUGGCAGAGCCGGAGCUUCUCCCUACUGCACAACCUGCUCUUCUGCUUCGAGAGCGAGACCAGCGGCCGCCCCUGUGCCCUCUACCUGCUGGAGGGCUGCAGCUGCGAGCGGGGGGCCAAGGGCGGCCCGGACAGACAGUAUUAUUUCAUCAUCAACUUUAAUCAUGAGAAUCAGAAGCCUCUGGAGCUACGGACAGAGGAUUCAAAGGAUUGCGAUGAGUGGGUGACUGCAAUAUCCCGUGCCAGCUACAAGACACUGGUGACAGAACAUGAAGCAUUAAUGCAGAAGUAUCUACAUUUGCUACAAAUUGUUGAGACAGAGAAGAAGGUGGCAAAACAGCUGAGACAGCAGAUAGAAGAUGGAGAGGUAGAGGUGGAGCGUCUGAAAUCUGAGAUUGCAUCAUUACUAAAAGACAAUGAACGGAUCCAGUCAACCCAGGGCUCAACUGACGAUACUGACAUCAAGAAGAUCAAAAAGGUGCAGAGUUUCUUGCGUGGUUGGUUGUGCCGCAGAAAGUGGAAAAGCAUAAUCCAGGAUUACUCGAGGUCUCCUCAUGCAGACAGCAUGCGCAAGAGAAACCAGGUUGUGUUCAGCAUGUUAGAGGCAGAGGCUGAGUACGUACAGCAGCUGCACAUUCUAGUCAACAAUUUUUUGAGACCUCUGCGUAUGGCAGCUAGCUCCAAGAAACCACCAAUUACUCAUGAUGAUGUCAGCAGCAUCUUCCUGAACAGCGAAACCAUCAUGUUUUUACACCAGAUCUUUUACCAAGGGCUUAAAGCUCGAAUAUCCAGCUGGCCCACACUGGUUUUGGCUGAUCUGUUCGACAUCCUUCUGCCGAUGCUGAAUAUUUAUCAGGAGUUUGUGAGGAACCAUCAGUACAGCCUUCAGAUUCUGGCUCACUGCAAACAGAACCGAGACUUUGACAAACUACUGAAACAGUAUGAGGCCAAGCCAGACUGUGAAGAACGCACCCUAGAGACAUUUCUCACCUAUCCCAUGUUCCAGAUCCCGCGAUACAUCCUUACACUGCAUGAGUUGCUUGCUCAUACACCUCACGAGCAUGUAGAAAGGAACAGCCUUGACUACGCUAAAUCUAAAUUGGAGGAACUUUCACGAAUAAUGCAUGAUGAGGUCAGUGAAACUGAAAAUAUCCGUAAGAAUUUGGCCAUUGAGAGGAUGAUUGUUGAAGGCUGUGAGGUUUUGCUGGACACGAGUCAGACCUUUGUGCGGCAAGGCUGUCUGAUCCAGGUCCCCAUGUCAGAGAAGGGCAGAGUAACGAGGGGACGCCUUGGGUCUCUGUCCUUAAAGAAAGAAGGAGAACGGCAAUGCUUCUUAUUUUCCAAACACCUUCUGAUCUGUACACGCAGCUCUGGGGGAAAAUUGCAUCUCACAAAGAAUGGAGUAAUAUCGCUAAUGGAUUGUACUUUAUUGGAGGAACAAGAUGAUGAUGACAGUAGGCCCCCAACACAGGAUGGGGAUCACUUGGACUUUAAGAUCUCAGUGGAACCCAAGGACUCUCCACCUUUCGUUGUCAUUCUGCUGGCAUCUUCCAGGCAGGAGAAGGCAGCAUGGACAAGUGACAUUAGCCAGUGCGUGGAUAACAUCCGUUGUAAUGGUCUUAUGAUGAAUGCAUUUGAGGAGAACUCCAAAGUCUCUGUACCCCAGAUGAUUAAGUCUGACAGCUCACUGUACUGUGAUGAUGUUGAUAUUCGCUUCAGUAAGACAAUGAACUCCUGCAAGGUGUUACAGAUCCGGUAUGCAAGUGUUGAGCGCUUGCUGGAACGCCUCACAGAUCUGCGUUUCCUCAGUAUUGAUUUCUUGAACACGUUCUUGCACUCAUACAGAGUUUUCACUUGUGCGGAUAUUGUGCUCGACAAACUCAUUGCUAUCUACAGGAGGCCAGUCAGUGCUAUCCCAGCCAGGUCCUUGGAGCUCCUCUUUGCCAGUAACCAGAACAAUAAACUUCUGUAUGGUGAACCACCCAAAUCACCUAGGGCCACCCGCAAGUUCUCAUCUCCGCCACCCCUCUCCAUCACCAAGUCCUCUUCCCCAAGCCGCAGACGCAAAUUGUCACUCAACAUUCCAAUUAUCACUGGUGGAAAAGCGCUGGAUCUUGCUGCUCUGGGAUGCUCGUCUAACGGUUACUCCAGCCCUGGACCUCCACCAUAUAGCAAGACCACUCUGGACAUCAAUAAGCUCUAUGUGUCUGGAAGCUUCCCCAGCAAAGUAGGAGAGGGUGAGGAACCACCAGCAGAGAAAGAUGAAGAGCCUGCAGCACAAAGACAGAUCAUUGAAGCUUCCACUCGAGUGGAAUCUGAUACAGAACAAACACAAAGCGAUGAAGCUGAAACAGAUACUUCUCCCACCCGGUCCCCAACCACUCCAAUAUCUCAGAGGAGCCGGAAUUCUGCAGAUUUCACGCUCUUUUCCUAUAAUAAUGGCAUUGUAAUGACGUCCUGUCGAGAACACGAUAAUACACGCAGCAACCUAUCUGCGGCUUCUGCCUUUGCUAUCGCAACCGCUGGAGCCAACGAGGGUACACCAACCAAGGAAACCUACAGAAGGAUGUCUUUGGCCACAGCAGGAUUUCCUUCUGAACAGAGGAACGGAGACAAGGAAUUUGUGAUCAGGAGAGCAGCGACAAACCGCGUGCUAAAUGUACUUAGGCACUGGGUGUCCAAACAUGCACAGGACUUUGAGACAAACAUACAGUUGAAGACCAAAGUCAUUUGUUUCCUUGAGGAGGUCAUACACAACCCUGAGCUGUUAGCCCAAGAAAGGAAGGCUGCGGCCAAUAUUAUCCGCACUUUGACUCAGGAGGACCCUGGAGAUAGCCAGGUUACUCUGGAGGAAAUUGAACAUAUGGUCUUGGGUAGUCCUGUGGAACCCUUUGAGUCUCUGUCUGCUUUGGAAAUUGCUGAACAGCUCACCUUACUGGAUCACCUGAUCUUCAAAAAGAUACCAUAUGAGGAAUUCUUUGGUCAGGGUUGGAUGAAAAUGGAAAAGUAUGAGCGAACUCCGUAUAUAAUGAACACCAGCAAACACUUUAAUCAUAUGAGUAAUCUGAUUGCUACUGAAAUUCUGCGAAGUGAAGACCCAGUAACUCGCGGGUAUACCAUUGAAAAGUGGGUGGCUGUCGCCGAUAUUUGUCGAUGUCUUCAUAAUUACAACGCAGUUCUGGAAAUCACAUCUUCGUUAAACCGCAGUGCUAUCUACCGGCUCAAGAGGACCUGGAUUAAAGUGUCAAAACAGACUAAGACUCUCAUUGACCGCCUUCAGAAGUUAGUGUCCUCAGAAGGCCGCUUUAAGAACCUAAGAGAAGCCCUAAAGAACUGCGACCCUCCCUGCGUUCCAUAUCUGGGAAUGUACCUGACUGAUCUGGCAUGUAUUGAGGAGGGGACCCCUAAUUACACUGAGGAUGCACUUGUCAAUUUCUCCAAGAUGAGGAUGAUAUCACAUAUUAUACGGGAGAUUCGGCAGUUCCAACAAACAUCGUACAAGAUUGAGCACCAGCCUAAGGUAACACAGUAUCUCCUGGAUUCCUCAGGAGUGUUGGACGAAGAAGGUCUUUAUGAAGCUUCCCUCCGCCUGGAACCCAAACUCCCUACCUGAAGGUUUUGUGCAAAUCCCCUGCCUGUAUUAUAUUGUACAGACCCCCCAUGCCUCUCGUCAGACCCCACUGUGCAGGGGUCACCAAGCAGGGGCAGAGAUGUCUGUGUCUCCAUCCAUCCCAAUAAUCCAACUGAGGCAAUUCCCACAGUAGCCCAAACCCAAGUUUGCCCCCCAAGACACCCACGAAAAGAGGACCAGGGUGGAGAUUGAGAUAACCCUCAAAAGGAGCACUGUCCUACAGCCCAAUAGACUGUGAAGGGUGAGGGCAGGAUCAAUAUGCUACAGCUGCCUCCUAUUGACUGGAAACUUGAGGAGAUCAGAGCAUUGUGUCCAUGUGUGGCAGCUCACCACCAGACCAGCAACCACCUUGUGCUAACAACCUCCAUCCUCAGCCAUGCUUGAAUGGAGUGGUUAACAAAGCAGUUCUCUCAAAGAAAUCUUUUAAUGGCAAACCUUAAUACAGAAGGAGCAGAGGAUGAAACAAAGAUUAAUUAAGAACGAUGGAUAUGAUUUUGCUAACUGCUUGGGAGUGGAAAGUGUAAUAUCAAUUAAAUGGACCAGAGCUUUAAAUAAUAUUAUCACAGUCCCAUAAAGAUAUCGGAAUGGGUGGGACUCUGCCUCUGUCUGUCUCUUUCAAAUAGCACUAGCUCAGAUUCUGCUCCAGCUAUGUCACAUUAAUCCAGAACAAUUAGUAGUUUUGUGAUCAUGGCUGCAAGAGCACAAUAAAUGCACAAGGGAUUCAGGGAAGAGAUCUCACAGCCUCCAGCUGAUUGAUGGAGCAGGUCCAGUAGAUGCUAUAAAGAAUGAGAGUUCAUGCAACUGGUUUGUGGGAAGGGUCCAUUGUUUAUCUAGCAUGGAUCUAGUUUAUGAUGGAACUCUAGUUUGAAAUGUUAAGGGAAUCCACACCACCAUUUAAUAAAUGUAUGAUCAGUUAGCACAGCAUUAGGUAUGUUGUAUAUUCUAUCAUCAACUGUAAGGAGUUUGCAGGUGAGUAGCAUUUGGACAGCAUGCUGCAUAUCACUGUUUAAAGGGUAGGUCAGCUGCUUAUUUUCUAGGCACCUGGCGGUCGGCUUGGCAAUGAUCUCAGUUUGAUUGCUGGUUAAUGGUCAGUUGGACAUAUUUCUAGUGGACGAUGACAGGUUGUUGACAGGUCAGGUGGCUGGUUAAGACGGAAAAUUGCGACACUUUGGUUUCUUGAUUUUUUUGUACAAUUCAGUGUUUCCUAAUUACCUCUCACUAAAUAAAUCUUUUAUCUCAGGGUUACCACCAACCAAGCCUGCUUAUUGACGCCAUUUUGUUCACGGUGGAUAUAUCCAGCAUAGUUAAAAGCAUCAACCCUUGUCUCUCCCAAAGGUGCAAUAACUGGUUGUUAUGCAAUGCUUAUUGUAUUGAGUGCUGCAGGCAUAGAACUGCACUGUAUAUACCAAUGAAUUAAAUAAGGAGCUUUUCAAGAUGUAUCGACAAAA